CUGUGAGCGGCGGAGGCAGCGGGGAGCGGAGCGGGGCCGCCGGGGCCUCUCCAGGGCCGCAGCGGCAGCAGUUGGGCCCCCCGCCCCGGCCGGCGGACCGAAGGACGCAGGAAGGGGGCCGGGGGGACCCGCCCCCGGCCGGCCGCGGCCAUGAACUCCGACGUGGAGAACCUGCCCCCGCACAUCAUCCGCCUGGUGUACAAGGAGGUGACGACACUGACCGCAGACCCACCCGAUGGCAUCAAGGUCUUUCCCAAAGAGGAGGACCUCACCGACCUCCAGGUCACCAUCGAGGGCCCUAAGGGGACCCCAUAUGCUGGAGGUCUGUUCCGCAUGAAACUCCUGCUGGGGAAGGACUUCCCUGCCUCCCCAUCCAAGGGCUACUUCCUGACCAAGAUCUUCCACCCGAACGUGGGCGCCAAUGGCGAGAUCUGCGUCAACGUGCUCAAGAGCGACUGGACGGCUGAGCUGGGCAUCCGACACGUACUGCUGACCAUCAAGUGCCUGCUGAUCCACCCUAACCCCGAGUCUGCACUCAACGAGGAGGCGGGCCGCCUGCUCUUGGAGAACUACGAGGAGUAUGCGGCUCGGGCCCGUCUGCUCACAGAGAUCCACGGGGGCGCCGGCGGGCCCAGCGGCAGGGCCGAAGCCGGUCGGGCCCUGGCCAGUGGCACUGCAGCUUCCUCCACCGACCCUGGGGCCCCAGGGGGCCUGGGAGGGGCUGAGGGUCCCAUGGCCAAGAAGCAUGCUGGCGAGCGCGAUAAGAAGCUGGCGGCCAAGAAAAAGACGGACAAGAAGCGGGCGCUGUGGCGGCUGUAGUGGGCUCUCUUCCUCCUUCCACCGCGACCCCAACCUCUCCUGUCCCCUCCCUCCAACUCUGUCUCUAAGUUAUUUAAAUUAUGGCUGGGGUCGGGGAGGGUACAGGGGGCACUGGGACCUGGAUUUGUUUUUCUAAAUAAAGUUGGAAAAGCAAAAAAAAAAAAAAAAAGAAAUAAA